AUGAACUGCAUCUACAAUUUUGCUAAACAGACCGCCUUGAAAGAUCUGGCGGCAGUGACCGAGCACAAGGCGGAGAUAACGCAGUUGUUAGCGGCUCGUGAUGAUGCCGAGAACAAGUUACGGGAACUGCAAGAGAUACAGGGACACCUCGCCGUUUUACUGGGAGAGCCCAAGGCUGCGCUGGUGAUGCGCGCGCUAUCGAAGGGCGCGCACUGCGGCUCGUGCCUGGUGCCGGCGCUCAUCGAGCCGCAGGACCCGUGCUUCGGCGCGCCGCCGCCGCUGCCCGCGCUCCGCCCCGCCGCCAGCGACGAGCCCUGUCUCACGACGUGGCGUCCGCCCGACGUCCCUGACGACAGAAAGCACAUCUGCAACCGUUGGGUGGGUGGUUCUCACACGCUGCUGUCGUCGGCAGUGACGCGCGAGCGAGCGUCCCCUCCCCCCGCGCCGCCCCGCACACCCACCUCGCGAUUCACCGGGCAUGGCACUGACGGACGGUUGUAUAUGAUGGAGGAAGAGCUACAGCCCUGUUUGGAGUGCAACCAGUACACGGAGCCUGGAGGCGAGCAGCGAGGAGGCGGAGACCAUGAAGUAACUAAAUUAGUUGCUGAUGAAAAGUGA